CUCUUCUUCACAAGUUAAGAGUUGGAGUUCAAGCUCACAGACGUACGUACAGUCAAAGCAGAUAUUCCUUGUCUUGCUGAUCGUAAUCUCACAGAGUGCAAGCCUAAUUCUCGUAAUUUCGAAGCACAAAUUUCUGUUGGAAUUUGUUGGUUUCAGAAGCGGUCGGCAUAUUAGAAAGGACGGCUUUCUUAUCACAGGAGGUUACUCAACCAGAGCAAUGAAAGAGGGUACAGCUAUGAAUCUCAGGAUUAAUUCUGUCCUGCAGAGCAUGAAGGGGUUUGAUGUCGAUCUCCAAGAUGAUCACAUCGUGGAAGCAGGUCUUCUCCUACUCAUAAUCGUAUGGUGCGUCAUAGUUUCCGUAUCUGCCAUUGUUCUCACUGCUUAUAUCUUCAUACGUUGCAAAAGAAGAGCUUACCAUCCACAAGAAGACUCAGAUACUGGAUCCAGUGCCAGUGAUCGGCCCCCCCGUCUGCGAGGGGUGAUUACAUUGGUGACCUCGAUUCUGGUGAGGAGCCACAACUUCUCUGAAACGCAGCGACAAGUUCAGGAGACCGAUGCAGGCGCAGGUUCCAGCUCAGUGGAUCCUUUUGAGGCGGCGUGGAAAGAUGUGAAAGAGGUAUUGACUCGAUCUGCCCUGGCUGCUCAAAAUUCAGAUGGGACGGGUGAAAAUCAUAAUGUUUCAUCGAGGGCUCCACAUCACCGAGAAGCUGAGGCUGAGAUGACAGAACUAAUAUUCUGUGAAGAGCAACUGAAAGCCCAAGAUUUCGUGGACCUAAUAUGUUGUUCAAGUAUUCAAAGUACAUCUCGAUCCGAUGAUCUUGCUCCCGAAAAAGCACCUUCUUCCAUAUCUAGGUCAGACAACAAAGCCUCCAGUACGAAGCAGCGUGAAGGCGAUCGAGAGAAAAUUGACGGUUUUGCACCAUGCCUUGUGGCCAGAUCCAUAAGCCUGUCCAGAGCAAGGUCUAACUGGUUCGAACGAGCUCUCCUAUCGAGGUCGCAUAGCGUCCCAAGGCGCGAAUCUCAGAGCUCCGAUCUAAGCAAGACACUCCCGUCCGACACUGACCUGUCAGCCGGAGUAAGAGCAGUCUAGGCAGCUCCAAUAGAUCCACAGAAGAAUUUCGCGGCAUCCAAAGUUCGCCAUAUAUCUUCUGGUGGCAGUUCUCAGGAAACGGAAGCAUAAGUGUCCUCGAAACACAUAUCUUGAUCCCGAUACAUCGAUCACGUGUAUAUAGAAAUUAAGUAGGAUGAACCCUCCAUCACAAGCCCUGAUUUGUAUUCAACUCGUCAGGAGGAGGAAUUUCUACAUCUCAUCUCAAAGUCUUGUGCAUCGUAUGGACCUGAAUUCCAGUGCUCGAAUGAUUUUGGGUUCAUAUUGUGUAAAGAAUGUACAGAUGGGGCUUGAAAUGCAGUCCAGAACAGCUUGUCUUCAAGCCUACUGAGGCCCAAGGACAGAUGAGUGAGCAAUGAACAUCAAUCACAUCAAGUUACAGCCAAGAAUGUUGUCGUAAAUUUCAGAUUCACCAGCCAAAAAUGGAGCCUGAUUUUUUGAUCAAGUUAGAGAUGGGCUAAA